UAUCACCUGCCAAAACACAGUAGAAGAAAAAAAUUCUCCGUCGUGCAGUAAAACCAUGUGGAGUUUUAUUUAUUUCGCACAAAUAAACGCUAUUUGACUACAUUUGAAAUUUCACGUGAAUGAACGUGUUAUUCGAAGAGCUCGCAUCUAAGAGCAGCUCACGCAAAGGUAGAACAAAGUGUCUUACUGACAAAGAAAAUGGACGACCUGGAAAAUGAGCUUCAACCCCCGGUGGAGUUUAAUGAGCCCAAUGAUUCAUUAGACGACACAGUUACCCCUCAAAAGAAAAGGUCAAGGCUUCCACUGGCUGAACCAUUCUUCGUAGCCACGCCAAAGGAAACGGGCUUCCACCGGACAGCGAGGCUUUGCCUCGAGAGGAUCAGAGAGGCCAUGCUGCAUCACAGAUGGCAGGAGGCUGCAGAAUACAUGGCGUGUUAUCCCCAAAUGUUACAGGACACAAGUGUUGUUAGCCUGGGAUUGGAUUAUAAAGAGAUGAUUCGGAGAAUCAGCAUUGAAAUCCUCCAUCACCACCCCAAGUCAAGCAUGGAGGACUAUAACAUUAUCUAUGAGCGAAUGAAACAUUCAGGAGUAAAACAAUACUUGAUGAUAUGUCUGGAACAUUCCUUCCAUCUGCUGCUCCACGGCCAGUUCGAGAAUGCAAAGCGUCACCUCUCGGCGGCUCAGAGCUGGAGGUACGGCAAAGAGUCGGCACGUCAGCAACAGAAGGCCAAACUGAUCCAGGCCUACAGGAGCUUGCUGGACUACAUUAUCUGGUGCGACAAGAAAAAUGCAUCCAGGAACAGCACGUUUACAGACCCUGAAAGCAGCCAGGAAAUGCACAACUACUUUAGACAGGCGGCAGUCAAUCUAAAGGAAAUUUUAAAACUUCCUGGCGUCUGGGAUCCCUUCAUAUUGAGCUACGUUGAGAUGCUCGAAUUCUACGAUGCUAAGGAGAAGGCAAAUAAUGUCCUGAACAACUACGCGUAUGACAGCUCGUUCCCCCCGAAUCCAAACGCGCUUGUCUAUUUGUACCAGUUCUUGCAGAGACACGGCGCAUCAAAGAGGAAAUUGAUGAAAAAUUUAAAGGUCCUCUGUCAUUUAGUUCCAAGCCACGAGUUGAUGUUGGACUACAGUUCCUUUCUGCUUGAAUCAGAGGAAACGAGAGACCUCCAAAAGGGUCUUGCAGUUGUCCUUGAUAUGCUGGACUACGCCUGCUGGAGGACAAAUUUGGACGUGUGGAAACGUUUAAAAGACAUUAUUGACAAAUUACAGUUAAGUGAGGACUGGAAGGAUGUUGUUGCCGAGAAGAUGGCAGCGAGAAAAGAGUGGUGGGCUGCGCUGCACUUCACAAGGUUCCUUGCGACCGAGGAUGCCCUGCAAAGACCGCAGCUGAUGAAGGUGAAAGCGCCACUCAGCAAAAUCCUCUGUCCGGAAAUAACACUCACAUACUCUGCUGGACAAAUAAUCGGCGGUGAGAAGAGCUGAAGACGGGAAAUAACGUGUUUAAACAAUUAAUUUGGUGACGAUCGUGAGCGCCACAGAGAUUAUUUUGGAGCAAGACAAGGUAGUACCCUCUUUUUCCACCGAGAGGUGCGCUUGCACUGUAUUUUGCUCGAAUAGUUUGUUGGGCUGACCACCUUUUCUGGACGGAAAGCAAAUUCAGCUCUGAGCCAGCCCUCAUGGGUAUUUUAUGGUUUAUGCUUUUUGUAACAUUUUGUUAGAAGUAUUCCCGUGUCCUCAGCUGACUUUUGCCGCACCACUGGUGCUCCGAGUCUGCGUGUACGCACACAACGCACGCAUGCUCUGUUCGCUCCGUUGUCAUGAGAGAUUACUCAACCGGUGCAGACCUCACAACAACCCAGCGGACUUUAAUUGUGACUAGCAUGACAGAUUGUUGACGGCUCCAUGUGUGUUGUAACAAAAGCGGUCAUAAACGACUUCAAAUGAAAGAUUUGAAAUUGUGGUUAAUUCAACCUUUAUGUGCUACCCCUUGGGGCAAUUUUUUCAAAACUUUGAUUUGAACUAUCAUAAUCAUGCAGAUGACACGCGGUUAUAUUUAGCGGUGUCUCCAGAUGACUACAGUUCAAUCGAGGUGUUGUGUCACUGUCUAAAGCAGAUAAAUGACUGGAUGAGCUAAAAUUUCUUUCAACUAAACCACAACAAAACGGAGACGAUUGUUGUCAAUAAACAAAAGAGAAUUGCUGUUAGUAAAUACCAAUACCAAAGACCAAGUCCAAAACCUUGGUGUUCUGAGUCAAAUCAAUCACAAAAACUGCCUCUUACCAUCUGAAGAACAUAGCUAAAUUGAAAGCUUGUAUCUGGUCAAGUCGACCAGAAAGAGCUCAUCCAUGUUUUUAUCUCAAUUAGACUUGACUAUUGUAAUGGUCUUCUUACUGGACUCCCCAAAAAGAGCAUCAACCAGCUGCAGCUCAGCCGUUUUUUUUUUUUUUUAAGUUGUUUGUCAUUGCAUGGCAACAUCACUCAUGGUUUUCCCAAAAUGAUGUUUUCUCCUCUGGAACCGUUGCACCAAACCGUGAAAUAAAAGAUUGCUUGGAGCAGCGUGCCAAUU